AUGACGGGCACCAUGAAGGCUAUCGUCAUGAGGGCGCCUGGCCCGCCUGACUCGCUCAAGCUCGAAGAGAUGCCCAUCCCAGAGCCAGCACCGGGCAAGGUGCUCAUCAGAGUCCGGGCAAGGGGCAUCAACCGCUCCGAAAUGUUCACUCGACAGGGUCACUCCCCCGGGCUUCAGUACCCGCGCGUCCUCGGCAUAGAAGCGUGUGGAGAAGUCGUCGCUGCGCCCUCUGGGGAGUUCGCGCCUGGUGAUGUGGUGGCAUCCAUCAUGGGUGGGAUGGGAAGACUCUGGGAUGGCGGCUAUGCGGAGUACUGCCUCGUACCGGCCACUCAGAUCCAAAAGAUCACGGUCAAACUUGACUGGGCGACCCUUGGUGCAAUGCCUGAGAUGCUCCAGACUGCGCAUGGCAGUCUCUUCCGAUCACUCCAGCUCAAGGCGGGCGAAGUGCUGCUCGUUCGAGGCGGCACGACUUCUGUUGGACUCUCAGCAGCAGCUCUGGCGCGCAAUGCGGGCGCCAAAGUCAUCUCGACGUCUCGUAGCGCUAAUCGUGUCGAUCUACUGAAAGCGAAUGGAGCAAGCGAGACGAUCGUUGACUCGGGCUCAAUUGCUGCUGAGGUCCGCAUGCUGUACCCGAACGGCGUCGACAAAGUGCUCGAGCUCAUCGGAACGGUAACGCUGCAGGACUCGCUACGAUGUACUCGAGAGGGAGGUAUCGUUUGCAUGACUGGUAUCGUUGGUGACUCUUGGACACUGAACGAUCUCAACCCGAUGGACUUCAUUCCCACUGGCGUCUGUCUCACUUCCUAUGCUGACCCGAAUGCCUUCAUGAAGAUACCCAUGAAUGAGCUGGCACAGCAAGUCGCCGACAAGACGCUCAAUAUCACGAUAGGCCGUACUCUCAGCCUAGAAGAGAUUCCUCUCGCGCAUGAGCUCAUGGAAUCCAACAAAGCCGGUGGCAAGAUCGUUGUGCUCUCUUGA